CGGUUAGUUUUAUAUCGCCCGCCCGGAACUUGAGUCGCGUUGUACCGGCGCUUCGUCGGCCGGAGCACGCUCCUAUCGCUGCUGAGGAGACAGAGAGGGGGGAGAGGUAGGAGAGAGAAAGGAACGUGUCGGUAGCAAGGGGAAGAGAGAGAGAGAGAGAGAGAGUAAGUAAGAGAGAGUGGAAGAGGCGAAAAGGAGAAUUAAACAUCGUUCCGUGAACGUGCUGCUCAACGUCGAUCGGGCUGCCUCCGGCUGUAAAUUCUCAGAGAAGACGAGCCGGCGCAACGCGCGCAAUUCUCACACGCGUGUAUAUGGCUUCAGUUGAGGAAUUGGACCAGGUUGACAGCGGCAUGGGCAGCAGCUCUCCCGCGCGUUCUCCCGAGGUGAAGUCGCUCCUUCCCGAGGACGGCGACGAGGAUGACGAAGAGGAUGAGAGCUUGUCGGAGAGAUUGUUGGGGCUCACUGAGAUGUUCCCUGAGCCGGUGCGCAAUUUGGGGUAUAAUUUUGGGACUUGCCUAUUCAAGUGUGUGAAAGGUCUAUACGCAUUCUCGUGUUCAACCACAUGGAUAAUCUUUAGCUCAUCGACCAUCCUCUUCGCGCCGAUUAUCUUUGAGAUGGAGCGCGCACAGAUGGAAGACAUGCAGCGCACUCAGCAGAAGCAAGUUCUUUUAGGCCCUAACACUGCUCUGGCGUCGACACCAUCCAGUCUUCCAAUGGCACCGCCUGUCCAACGAUAAGCCAUUACAUCGCCAUUGCCACACACACACACACACACACACACACACACACACACACACACACACACACAUAGAUACAGCUAUAGAUACAUAUAGGAAUUUCUAAAUGAUAAAUCAAGUCGAGCCCGGCUCAAUUAUUUAUCGGCACAACUUGUUCGUACCUUACAAAAAUUUUUACACAAAUGUCAAGUGUAUCGGACAAUUUGUAUGACUGGUGUAAAUCAAGCGUAUGCGAUUUGCCUAACUGAAGUGAUCUUUGCAAAAUAAAAUUCGCAAAUGGGGUCGCUAAAUGUGACAAGUUGCAGCAUUUAUCAGUCUAGUCUAUCCUGUCUAAACACACACACACACACACACCUACACACAUGUGCACGCGUUCGCAUAUGCGAUCAUUUCCCUCUACUGAUUUUUACCGAGAACCGAUAUGCUGGCGGUAUCACGCGGCAUUUCGUUGUUUACCAAUGCAUGAAAGGUGUCGCAUAAAAUCGCGGAUGUAGCAUUUAGUUGACCAAAAGACAACACCGACCUUUCGUUUGCUGUGAAUAUAACGGCAGCGCGCGAAUCUUGCGACUACGCAAUUAUUUAUCAUAGAUACUACACAAAUUUGUUGCGCGUAGUUUUAUCACAUCGCGUAUGUUAUCUUCUUGAAUACAUCUUGUCUGUUGUAAUUUCAAGUGAACGAAUAAAAGGUAUAAUGCAAUAACUUUUAA